AUGCAUGGAGCCUACAGCUCCAGCCUGACACCAAGAUACUUCAUCCUUAAUGGGAUUCCUGAACUAGAAGCCUUACACAUCUGGAUCUCCCUGCCAUCCUGCUUCAUGUACAUCAUGACUGUCAUGGGGAACUGUGGGCUCAUCUACCUCAUCAGCCAUAAGGAGGGCCUGCAUCGGCCCAUGUAUUACUUCCUAGCUUUAUUGUCUCUUACAGAUGUUAGUGGGUGCACUUCAUUUGUCCCUAAUAUGUUAUGUAUCUUUUGGUUCAAUCUCAAAGAGAUUGAGUUUAAUGCCUGCCUUGUGCACAUGUUUUUCAUCCACAUGCUCGCAGGUAUGGAGUCUGGCGUGCUCAUGCUUAUGGCCCUGGAUCACUAUGUGGCCAUUUGCUACACUCUACGCUAUUCUACCAUCCUUAUGAACACUGUCAUUACCAAGGUUGGAUUUGCCCCCUUCAGUCAAAGUAUGUUGCUCAUGAUCCCAUUCGUUUUCCUGAUCAAGCGUCUUCCCUACUGCAGGGGCAACCUCAUCCACCACACCUACUGUGACCAUAUGUCUGUGGCCAAACUGUCCUGUGGCAACAUCAAGAUUAAUGCCAUCUAUGGUCUCAUAGCUGCCAUAUUGAUUGGAGGAUUUGAUAUGUUCUGUAUCUUCGUGUCUUACACCAUGAUUAUCUCUGCUGUAGUGAGUCUGUCAUCUUCAGAUGCUCGCCACAAAUCCUUCAACAGUACAUCACACAUAUGUGUUAUUGUCAUCACCUAUGUCCCAGCCUUCUUCAACUUCUUCACUCAUCGUUUUGGGGGACUCAUCAUACCUCACCAUGUUCACAUUUCUAUAGCUAAUCUCUACCUGUUGCUGCCUCCCACCUUGAAUCCAAUUGUCUAUGGAGUGAAGUAA